AUGGCGUUGAUGCGCUGUAUGAACACUACCACCUUUGAGCUCCACACCAGCACACAGAUCGACUUUAAACAACAAGGCUAUGGUAUCUUGUCGCACCGAUGGGGCUCCAACGAGAUUUUGUUUUCACAAAUCAGCCAAUUCGCUCAUGAAUUGAGGCAAACCAGAAACCGUCAUGCCCUACCGCAACUCGACAAGAUCCUGGGCGCCUGUAUCACUGCUCGCCAGCAGGGUCUCCAGUGGAUGUGGAUCGACAACUGCUGUAUCAACAAAUCAGACAACAGCGAAUUGUCCGAAUCCAUCAACUCCAUGUUUAAAUGGUAUAGCGAGGCAGUGGUUUGCUUGACAUAUCUCUCCGAUGUCCGCUACGCUGGUGGCUCACCUGUCUUUCAAAGCUACGAGACUGGCGAGACAUCAAAAUGGUUCUCUCGUGGAUGGACGUUACAAGAACUCCUCGCACCGAGUAACUUGCUUUUCUACGAUACCGAUUGGAAAUACCUUGGAUCCAAGAUCGAUCUGGCAAAGCCAAUCGAGGACGUCACUGGAAUUGCAGCACAAUAUCUCACCAAAGAGAAUGAUUUCCGCACCGCUUGCAUCGCAGCCAAGAUGAGCUGGGCUGCACGUCGUGAGACUACAAAAGAGGAGGACAUGGCAUAUUGCCUGUUUGGAAUCUUCAACCUCCACUUACCUGUUCAGUACGGUGAAGGCAAAGCGGCUUUUAUCAGACUCCAAGACGCCCUGAUAGCCAAGAACGAUGAAUCACUAUUUGCUUGGAAGAUGCCUCUUGGAGGACCAGGGUCUAGUCUCGAAAUUAUACCAGACAAUACGGUAGACCUCGGUCCAGAUGAGUGGGGUCUCUUAGCUCCCUCGCCCAAGUGGUACGAGCACUGCGGAAAGAUGACAACACAGCACAAGAAGUCUGUCAUGAGACAACGAGGAGGUUUUACCAGGACACCCCAGGGUAUCAGUGGGCCGAUUGGUAAACGGAAUCAUUUCGUAACUGCAUUCCUCACUGGAUUUACUAUUGUUGGAGCAAUUCCUUUCCAGAUAUGGCUGGCAGUACGACAGAGGACGACACUCAAGUAUACUCUCAACUGCUGGGAGCCAAAUGAAGCCGGCGAGUUGAGGGCGGUGAGAUUGCACUUGAGACCUGUCAGGAGAGAUCCCCCAAUGUGGAUAAGGACUGCCAGUCAAGGCUACGAUUUGGUCAAAGAUGCACCAGCAACCGAUUAUUCGGCUGUCGGAACAGUUUGGCAGCCACAAGUAUACUAA